GCUCAUAUUUCGGGUUGUUUUAUCCGGAAUCAACGCGAAAACAUCGGGGUUUUCGGGGUUUAACGACUUGAUAGUUUGCUUCUGUCCGAUCGUAGCGAAUCUCCUAACUGACGCUCAUUUGACUAAUAUGAUCACAAUAGGAUCAUACUUCACUUUGUUUUAACGUCGAAUCGACGCUAACAUAUCGUAGUUGUAUUCGUGUUCGGGGUUUAACGACUUGAUUGAUUUCUUCUGUCUGAUUAUAACAAAUUCCCCGACUAAUUCUAGACGGUGGUUUAAUGCCUUAGCUGAGAGGGAUGGUAUGUAAUGUGAUUUAUAAGUAGAAUAAAUAGUAAAGAACCAAAUAGUAAAGAACCAAACUACAUCACGAACUAUUUUCGUACGCUCACGUCCACGAAGUGUGCGUGACAGUUGGCGGGAAAUCACGUUGUAAUUCGUCCGAAUUAACGCAGAGGGUUGUAAACAAACCCCCUCGCGCAUCCGCAUGCUGGUUAGCUCAAAGGCGGGUCGGUCUGAAGGGAACAGAGUCAGACGGUGGUGGUGACCGGUCCUUGAUGUUGUCCUUGCUAGUAGUGAUCAACAUGGAAGGCGAGUCCCAAAGUACCUGAUUCAUUUCAACGGCUGGAACAGCAGCUGGGAUCGUUGGACUGAGGAAGAUAAUGUCCUUGGGGACUGCGAAGAAACCCGAACAUUGCAACUGAAACUGGCUCGUAAAGCGGCAGGUCGCAUGAAGAGAAAGGGGUGGGGGAAGGGGCGUCGCCAGGCGGAUGUUAAACCCUCUCUGAAGACCCUCCCCAAAGAGGAAGACAGCGACGACCCAUGUAAGGGUGCACCGGACGUAACAUGUUUGAUCUCGUCUUCGGGAAGCAGUGACGACGACGACACAGACCAGGACUCCUCCAACAGCGGGGACACCACCUUCUCCGAGGACCUGAACAAGAUGGGGGUGGAAGAGGAGGAGCCGCAGGUGAAGCAGGAGAGUGAGGAUGAGGCCUCGGUCCAGAUGGACGUCAGCAUCACCAUCCCCGACGUCCUGAAGAAGAAGCUGGAGGACGACUGCUUCUACGUCAACAAGAGGAAGAGGCUGGUGAUCGUGCCGUGUCAGACCAAUGUGGUGCACAUCCUGGAGUCGUACGUCAAGCACUUUGCCAUCAAUCGGGCCUUCCUGGCCAACGAGCGCUACCGCCGCAGCCAGGCAGCCGGCCAGCCUGCCCUCAGUCCCGGGGCCGUGCCCCCCGAGAAGAAAGAUUAUCCUGACGAGAUAUUCAGUAGUCUCUGUGUGCCCCUCAGCGAGGACCUGUGUAAGGAGAUGGUGGACGGCCUGAGGAUCACCUUCGACUUCACACUGCCCAUGAUCCUGCUGUACCCGUGCGAGCAGGCGCAGUUCAAGAAGGUCAGCUCGUCCCGCAUCUUCUUGCCCGUCAGCGAGCCGUCGCUGGGCGCCAGCCGCCACGCCUUCAGCGUCCAGCGCGACCGCAGCCCCAGCCCCCCGGGCCACAACCCCCCCACCCCGCAGUCCACCGACAGCCAGCCCGCCCUGAGCGACGUCUCCGCCGUCACGCCCACGACCACUACCCCCACCCUCCCGGGCGCCGCCCCCACCCCGGCGGCCCCGCCCACUACCCCCACCCCCACCGCCGCCCCUGUCACCGCCGCCGCCCCCGCCGUCGCCCCCGCCGUCACCGUCGCCCCCACGCCGACGCCUAAACGCCGUCGCCACGCCGACAUGGACUGCCUGACGCACCAGUCGCUGCAGAGCAUCCAGUCGCUGCGGCGCUCCACCCGCGCCAACACUACCAGCGCCACCACCGUCGCCACGGCGACGGGCUCGGGGGAGCGGUCCGCUGACGGCGGGGCCAGCAGCGGAGGCGGAGGCAGCACGGCAGCGUCGCCCCAGCCCAAGAGACGCCUGGUGGAACCUCAGGCCCAGCCCAAGUUCUUCUUCAACCUGGACCGAAGAACCCCUGGCCACAGCGGCUCCUCCUCCCCGUUGCCCCUGACGCCCAGCCGGGAGAGGGGCGGGCCCUUCUACGGGCUGGAGAGCCGCCGGAAUAACGAGCUCAACGAGGUGCUGAGCUGGAGGUUGACCCCGGACAACUACCCCACGAGUGACCAGCCCCCCCCUCCCUCCUACCUGUACGGGUCACAGCACCUUCUGCGGCUCUUUGUGAAGCUCCCUGACAUCCUGGGCCAGAUGCACAUCCCCGAGAGGAACCUCCGUGCCCUCAUCAAACACCUGGAGCUGUUCCUCAGGUAACACGCCCCCACACACCUCCCUCACGACGACGACGACUUAAGGGCCAUGACGGAGGUGAUGAGGCCGAUGUAGACGCUGAUGUCUUUUUUGGAUGUACAUUUAAGUCAAAGCACCGCCACAGACCCCAGGGAGAGGGAGGAGGGGGGGGGGGACGUAUAGAAAGGCGAUUAGUAUGAGUUAGGGCGAGGGGCUGGCCUCUCAUGCAUAGGGAAGCACGGCUGUUUUUUUCUCCUUCAAUUAAGCACCUGCUGCAUUUGAAAUAGAUGUGCAGUCAGCAACACAGAACUUGUCGAAGUUUGGAUGGCUUGUGGGAUUUGAGCUCUUGAAGGGGCACUUUAUUAUAUAUUAUCAAAAAUAUUUAUCACUCAAUUUAAAAAAACGAAUGAGUAUGUAUAUUUUUUAAUCUAUUUAUUGUGGUAUUAUAUUGCACCGAUUUUUGAGGGCUGAUAAGAAUGAGGAUGAGAAUAAGAAUAAGAAUGUGAAUCUUAAGAUAUUGCGAUUUCUGUAAAAACUUUUUUCAGAUUUCGAUCUUUGUGGUUUUUACAUUGUGUUUGUAACGGUCGAGGUUACGGUUUUACCGGCCCAUCGGUAUCCGCUAUUGUAUGAUAGUUUUCGAGCAGAAUGCUACAUAGUUUACUCUAAUGGACCAUCGGCUAACACACUAUAGCGCCCUCUGUAGGACGCCGCCAGUAAUGUAUCCGCCGAGAUUACAUUGACAAGAGGGGAAAGUUUAAGAUUUGAACUGAGGUGAACUGCAGUUUAAUGUGUGCUUCACCUCCAAGGGUAUGCGGCCGAGUGCUUCAUUAAACAAGGAUUGGAAGAGUUAUCCAAGCCCGCCGGACAAGACAUAAAAUAAGUAAAAUGAAUGUUGCCGGGGAUCGCUUGUUCAGACCGUGAGACGGGGGGAGAGGUUCCGAGACACCCCCUCCGCGCACCAUCUGAAUAA